UGUCAGCUUAAUCAAAUUGAAGUUCUUUCAUUCCGAUCGAGUUGUCGCCGAUUCAAGUGUCGUUAACGCAUUGGAAAAUCGUGAAAAAGCGCUUGAAAAAAUCAGCAAACAAAACACGCACACACACCCUCACACAGGCAAACACGCAACGACACGAACACACACUCAUGCAAGGAGGUGCACACGUCAGUGCCACGAAAUCUAAAAAAUACAAAAACUAGAAGUUACAGACAAACCGAUCGGAUCGGAACUUGAAGAUAUAUGCUAGCUACAUGAUAGUUAGUAAUAUUUUGUAAUUGAAACGACAAUGGCGGAGGAUUCGGCUGCCUUGGAGAGUUCCUACGAUUUCUCCAUCGUUCAGCCCGAAGAUCACGAAUAUGGCGAGGCGGAUAUACGCUUGAUGGGCAGCUCCAACGAUCUGUCCUUGUUACAGAAUGUAUCCGCCAGCACAACGAGAGGCACCGAAGGCAAGGGCCGUUUGGACAGCCUUAAAGAGAAUCUUUACAAGCAGCAGGAGCGCCUUACUGCCUUAAAAGAGCGCGCUCUGAGGAAAUCCCAGGAUGGGCGACGCCAGUCCAGCAUGAGUGACUCCAUGGAGUCGCUAAAGACGCUCGGACAGAAGCUCACCGUUUUGAAAACGCGUGCCGGGGACUCCUCAACGCCUCUGGUCACGCCCACAAAGGACAGCGCCCCCGGCGGAGAUGGUUCGCUGCUCCAAACGAGCGGCAGCGAGAAGCUACUGAUGCUCACCCAGCGCACCGAGCAGAACCGAGCGCUGUUGGAGCAACGCAAGAGGGAUCUGGCCAAGUCCCUGCUCUCCGUGAAGUCGAAUAUUGGCCACCAAACGACUGCCGAGCUGGGCUCUUCGAUGACGGAUCUGCGGCAAGCGACGUCCACCUCCAAUCCACCGGUUUCCCGUCACCGUUCCGCCUUGGAUCUGGAGGCCCAGGGCCAGGAGCCGGUGGACGAGGGCCGGGUGAAGCUGCUCAGGAAUCGCAUGAAGCUGACGGAACUCAAGCAGGGCCGCCAGGAGCAGGAGCUGCAGGAAUUGCGGACAGAGCUCGCACGGCGCGCCAAUCUCAUCGAGCAAUUGGAGCAGUCCGGUGCGGAAUUGCAGCGAACGCUGACCCAGCGCAACGAGGAGCUGGAGCAGCUGCGUCUGGGCAAAGAAGAGGAGGUUGAGAAGGUGGAGAAGGCGGAGAAGCAGGAGGGAGAGAGCCUGCAGGAGCAGGAGCAUUCCCGCCUGCAAGGAGAGGUUUUAGUGCUAAGAGAACGACUGGCAGAGCUGGAGAACAUCAACGAUCUGCUAGAGACGACCCGCUGCGAACUCCAGGAGGAGCUGACCACGGCGCGCGAACGAGAACGACAGCGAGAACUGGAACUGGAGCAGAAGCAGGAGGAGGAGCAGGAAUCCCCCAGCAGUCUGCAGCCUAUGGCGUCGUCCACCGAUGCUCAGGUGAGCGUGGAGCUGGCCAAACAGCUGCAGGAACUCACCAACCAGCUCUCCGAACUGCAAGCCACCAACGAGGAUCUGCGCCAGCAGAUAGCCAACCAAACGAAGCUCCAGGUGAGCGAUGAGAGUGUCUCGCAGCGACUCAAGGAGCUGGAGGACCAUAUAGCCGUACAAUCCGCUCAGCUGGAGGAGCAAAAGCUCGCCAUGGCUGCCCAGAGUGAAGAGCUGGCCGAAAAGACCACGGAACUCAAUGUGCUCAAUGUGAAUCUUCGUCUGCUGGAGGAGAAGCUGGCCCAAAGCAGUCGCAGCAAACCCCUGUUCCUCGACGUUGCCUCCGAGGAUGGCGAGGCCAGCAAGCAGCUGCAGGAGGAACUGCAGCAGCUGAAGCAGAAGCUGGACGAGUCCAACAAGGCCAACAUCAAGCUGAAGCUCAAGUGCAAGCAGGCGGAGAAGCAGCUGCAGAAGCUGCAAUCCCAGGACGGCCAGCAGCAGUUGGCCACGCUGACCGCCGAGAACGAGGAGCUGCAGCAGAGGAUCACCGUGCUGGAGGACGAAAAGGGCCAGUGGCAGUUGGCUCACAUGCACGAGGAGGAGGAGGAUGAGGAGACGGCGACGGCGGCGGUAAAACCAGCCAGCAAACCAGAGCCGCUGGCCGAAAUGCAAUUGGAAACGAUUCGCCUGCUGGAAGAGCAGAAACUGGAACUCCAGCAGGCACUGGAGGGACUGCAGCAGGGUCACGAGUCCGCCCGCGUGGAAUCCGAGCUCAGCGAGGCGCAGCUGGAGGAGCAGCUCAACCAGCGGGUGCAGCAGCUGGAGCAGGAGGCCCAGGAGCAGCGCCAGCAGCUGGACACCCUUCAAUCCGAAAAAGAAACCCUCGACAAGAAGCUAACCCACUACAUCAACGAGAACAUGGAGCUGCUGGACAAGCUGGAGAAGCUCAGCUCGUCCAGUUCGGCGGAAUCGAUCGAGAUCGUGGAACGCCAGCAGCUGGAGUGCUUUGGCCAACGAAGACCGGCCAGCGAGGGCGAUGCCCAGGAGCAGAAGCAGGUGGUCGAUCCACCGGUUCCCAGUCACGUCAGCGAGCUCACCCAAACGGAGGAUGCGGAGGAGGAGGAGGAGGAGCGGUCCGGCGAGAGUCUUUCCCAGCUGCGAGAACGCCUGGAGCUGUUCACCCAGGAGCGCGGCGAAGUGCUGGACAAGCUGGAGCAGCUGUCCGCCGAGAAUGUGCAGCUGCAGGCGCGCCUGGAGGAGAGCACCACCUCGCUGCAGCUCCUCCAGCGCGAGAGGGAGCGGGAUAGGGAAAGGGAUCUGCUCUCCUCCACGUCCACCUCCUCCAAUCUCUCGCAGGAGCUGAGCUCCAUGCAGCGCUCCUCGGAGGUGGUGGCCGCCUUGGACGCCGGCGAGGGUGGACCCGUGCUCUUCGAGAAGUGCGAGAAGUCCCUCAGCAAGCUCAACUCCGAGCUGGAGGCCUAUCGCCGGGCCAACGAUCGCCAGGCCAAGUUCAACGUGGCCAAGAAGCUGGCCAAGGAGGCCAAGAACUGUCACACGCAGCUCAGCGAGCUCCUCCACAAGGUGAAGGAGGCCAGCACGGCGGUGGAAACGGUCACCGUGGUGGAGACUGUGGUGGCCGUCACCGCUCCCAAUGGCAAAGCUCUGGCGGAGUACGAGCAGCUCAAUGCCCAGAAUGCCGAACUCAAGGCGGUGAUCUCGCGAUUGCGCCAGGAACUCGAUGAGCUGAGGGAGAGCUAUCCAGAGUCGGAGAACCCUCCUUUGGCCAUCGUUGGUGGUUCGGAUUCCCAGAGGAAUGAGGAGGAGCUGCUGCAACUGCAGUCGCUGCUGGAGGACACACGCUCGUCGCUCGAGGAGCAACGCCAGCAGGUGGAGGAGCAGGCGGAACAGAUCCGCGAGCUGCGGCAAAUCGAAGCAGAUCAGCGGGAAUUGGUGGCCAGGCAGAGCGCGGAGAUCACACAGCUGCAGCUGCAGACGGAGCAGUUCGAUCAGCUGCUCAACUCGAAGGAGAUGAGCCACGAGAAGCAACUGGAGCAGCAGACGAGGAUCCGCAGGGAGUUGGAGUCGCGCAGCGAAUCGCUGGAGGGCGAACUGAGCAUCCUGCAGGCUCUGGUGGCCGAGCAGAAGCAGCAGCUGAUCGAGAACCUCAGCGAGAGCGAGCACACGCUCAAUCUCAAGCUGCUGGAGCUGCAGUCCGCCCAGGAGGAGCUGCGGGAGCUGCGCGCCAAGGAGGAGGAUCCCGACCAGCUGCGCGAGGCUCUGCGCAUCAGCAAGAGUCUGGCCGCCCAGCAGGUGAGCGAGCUGGCCUCCAGCCAGGAGACCAUCGACGCCCUGAACCAGCAGAUCCAGGAGCUGUACCAGGGUGUGGAGCAGACCCGCCAGGAGGAGCAGCUCAAGACGCGAGAGCUGCGCGAGAAGCUCAAGAAGUAUGCCCUCAACCUGAAGAAGCGCACGCAGGACAACGCCGAUCUCGAGCAGAAGGUCCAGGAGCUGACCAGCCAGCUGCAGCAGGAGCAGGAGGCCAGGCAGCAGGACCAGGAGGCCAGGCAGCAGGAACAGGAGGCCAGGCAGCAGGAGACACAGCAGGUGGACACCCAGCAGGUGGAGCAGUUGCAGCAGCAGAUCAGCAAACUCAACGAAGACCUGAAGGCCAAGAUCCACGUGAACCUCGAGAACCGCGAUGCACUGCGCCAGCUGAAGCAGCAAAUCCUCGAGCAGGAGCAACUGUUGCAGCAGCGCGAUGCGGAGCUCCAGGACGCCCAGCUGGUCAACAAGGAGCUGCGACGCGAGCGCCAGGAAGCCGAGCAGGAGGUCUUCCAGCAGGGCCAGGAGAACGCCAGACUGAAGGAGGCGGUUUCGCAACUCCAGCGGGAGAUCGAGAAGCUGCGACAGCAGUCCAGCGAAGAGCCAGCGGCUGUCGAGGAUCUGCGGCGUCAGCUGGAGCAGAAGUCGAAGAAGUUCGAAAAGUCCAAGGAGCUGAUAAAGCACCGCAAUGCCACCAUUCAGGCGCUGCAGCGGGAACUCCAGCAGCUGCAGCAGGAUCACGAGGAGCAGCAGGCCAGUGAGGUGGAGCAUGUGCGAACGAAGAGAGCCACCCAGGAGCAACUGCAUUCGGAGAAGGACGCGGAGAUUGCUAAUUUGCGCAAGGAGAUUGCCGCGUUGGAGAGCCAAAGAAUCGAUGGCAACGCAACCAAGAGCACAGCGCCACCAUUGGACAGUCAAUCGCAUUUGGAAUCCCUGCGAGCGGCCGAGGAGGAGCAGCAGCAGCUGCGUGUCCAGCUGACGGCCGCCCAGGAGCAGCACUCCCUGCUGGCGCAGCAGUACGCCGGCGACAAGGCCAACUUCGAGAUGACCAUCGCGCGACUGGAGACGAUUCACGAGGGCAUUCAGGCCAAACUGCAGGAGGACGCCUCGUACAUUGAGUCGCUGGAGGCGCAGAACGCCGAGCUGCAGACGCGAAGCGCGGCGCUCGAGGAGCAGGCCGCCAGUCAGGCGAAUCGGGAUGCGGCCACCCAGGAUCAAGUGCAAAUGCUGCAGCAACAGCUGCAACAACAACUGGAGCGUGAGGAGCAGCAGCGCCGGCAGGAUCAGCAGCUGCAGGAGCGCCUGGAGGAGCUUGGCCGGCGGGAGCAGGUGCAGCUCCAGCAGCUGGAGUCGGUGGCCGGCGAGGCGGAGGAGGCCAGGCAGCAGCUAACCCGCCUCCAAACGGAACACGAAGCUCUGCAUGCGAAGCACGCGCAGAUUGCGGCUGCCAAUCAAGCGGAGCACCAACGCAGCCACGAGGAGCUCGAGGAUCUCCGCCGCCAGCUGGAGGCCAAGGAGACGGAUCUGCAGCGGCAGCGGGAUGUCUACGGUGCCAACCUGGAGGCCAAGGCAACGGAACUCGAAGAGCUUGAAUACGAGCUCAAGAACCAAUGGGCCAAGUCGCGAGAUCUUGACCAAAAGCUGGAGCGAUCCGAGGAGCUGGUCGGCCAGCGGGCGGAGGAAGUGCAGCGGCUCAAAGAAGAGCUCCAGGAGGCGGAGCGCAAGGUGUCCACCUUGGAGCGGGAUUGCAGCAUGCUGCUUAUGCAACAGCAACAGGGAAGCAGCGCCGAGCAGGAUGCACUGGAGCUGCAGGAGCUGCGCAUGCAGGCGCUGCAGGACAAGACCGAAAUGGACAACCUGCGCUCACAGAUCGACUCGCUGUGCGCCAACCACAGCCAGGAGCUGCAGGCGCUCCAGCAGCAGAUCGCCGAGCUCGAUACCUUGGGCCAAAACCAAACCGACGAUCAGGUUUACAUCGAGACGGAGAACAAGCGGCUGGCGGAGCAGCUGAGCGAGCUGCAGGCCCAGUUGGCCAGGCAGCAGCAUCAGCAGUCCCAGCAGCAGCACCAAUCCCAAUCCCAGCAGCUCCAGCAGCUGCAGCAGCAUCAGCAGCUGCAGGCUCAUCCUCCAUCCACUUCUUUGUUCUUUGGCGGCGACGCUUUGGCUGCUCCCUCACCCUUCGAUGAGAUUGCCGCCCAACCGCUGAGGGUUUCCUCCCUCGGAGCUGGCAUUCCACCACCACCCAUUCCGCCCCUGACGCCGCCGCCCACCAUCGAGGAUCUGCAGCGGAACGUCUCGGAUCUGGAGAAGCAUGCCCAGGAUCUGGAGACGAAGCUGCUGGCGCGGAACCAGGGCUUGGCGGAGCACGAGGAGCGGCGUCUGCAGCUGGAGCAGCGCCUGGUGGAGCUGGAGCGCCUGCUCAGGGAGCGGGACCAGCAGCUGGCCGAGAUCAAGGCGGCCAACGAGGAGCGCGAACGAUUGGCCGCCCUGGAGAAGCUCAUCCAACCAACGGCGGCAGCGGCAGCGACAGCGCCCACGUUGGACAUGUUCUUCGGCGGGGAAACGGUGACCGAUGCAGUGAGUCAGCACUUGGACCUGGGCCUGCCCCAAGCGGAGCCCGUCGAGGAGCCGCUGAUCCAGCCGAAGAAAGCCUACUUGUGCCAGCCGAAGCAGGAGAACGUGGAGCCAUCGGCGACUUCGAUUGAUUGGGGCGUGGACGAGGAUCCGUGGGCGAGUGCCGCCAACGAGGCGCCGCAAGCGGAUGUGGAGCCGCUGCACGCGAGGAUCGCCCAAUUGGAGCUGCAGCUGGCCACUGCGGAGCAGCAGAAGAGCGAACUGCAAACGAAGGCGGCCAAGCUGAUGAAGCGCCUCAAGGAAUACAAAACGAAGGCGACGACGACGACCACGCCCACUUUGCAAGUGGACAACGACCUGGACUCGGCCAUCAUCGAUGAGCUGAAGCACCAGCUGCAGCUGCACGAAUCCCGUCAAGCGAAGGCGGAGGAGCUGGCGCAGCAGCAUGCCCUCGAAAAGGAGAAGCUGGUGAAGCGCAUCGAUGUUCUGACGGCCGGCAACGAGCGCAUGGCGGAGCUGAAGGAGCGCCAGGACAUGGACGUGCAGAUGUACCAGGCGCGCAUCCGGGAGCUCCAGGAGAAGCUCAGCCAACUGGAUCAGUGGGAUGCCCCUGUUCCUGCUCCAGUUCCUGCUGCUCCGCUUCCUGCGGCCGCCUUCAAUCCACUUUUGAGCGGCGACGAAGCGGCGCGACUGGAGAGCCUGCAGGCGGAGAACCAGGACCUGAACUCCGAGUGCCAGGAGCUGCAGGAGAAGCUGAAGGAGGAGCGGCGCCUGGUCCAACUGGCGGAGGAAGCCGCCGCCCAGGCGCAGGCCCAAAGGGAAACGCUGCAGGAGCAGCUAAAGGAGCGUCUGCAGGAGGUGGAGGAGUUGCGCCAAGGACAGACCAAUUUGGAGGAGUUGCAUUCACUGAAGGCAGAGGUGGAGCACCUGAGGAGCCUUCAAGCCGAAGUGGAGCACCAGAGGAGCCUUCAAACCGAAGUGGAGCACCUGAGGGCCUUCAAAGUGCAGCAGGAGCAGCUGCAGAGCCAGAGAAUCCAGGAGGAUCAACAGCAGAGCCGGCAAGUCGAGCAGGAGCACCUCGAGCUGGAGCAGCUGAGGAGCCUGCAAGCGGAAGUGGACACCCUGAGGACUCUCCAGCCGGAAGUGGAGCACCUGAGAUCCCAGCUGCUGCAGCGGGAAGGCGAUCAACUGGAGAUGCAGCAACUGCGUCACCAACUCGUCGAACUGGAAGCCCGGUGCUCACGAGACCAAGCGGAACUGGAGGCACUGCGUCAGAUCAGAAGCGAGGAGGCGUCUCCGGUGGACGGGGGACGGAGUGAUGAGCAGAUGGCGCAGCUGCAGGAGAAGGAGGCGGAGAUUGUGCAUCUGAAGCAGCGCAUCGAGGAGCUGAUGCGCGAGGACCAAACGGAGAAGCUCGUCUUUGAGAUCCUCACCAAAAACCAGGAGCUGCAAAUGCUCCGCCUGCAAGUGAAGCAGUUGGAGGAGGACAGGGAGAGCCAGAGUCAUCAGGUGACUGCUCCUCCUCCUCCCUCCGCAACAAGCGAUGGCGAAUCCCUCGACCAGCUGCGAUUGCAGUGCGAGCAGCUGCAGCAGGACAAAGCCGACAUGGAGGAGGAACUGCGCGUCCUGAACAACCAUGUGCUCAGCAGCCUGGAGCUGGAGGAUCGGAUGAAGCAGACCCUGCUCCAAUUGGACACGAAGGACAUCGAGAUAACCGAGCUGCGCCGCUCCCUGGAGCUGCUGCAGCAGGGCCAAAAUCUCGGCCAGAAUCCAGUGGCUCAGCAGCAGGUGCCCGAUCUGACCACCAUCAAUCAGCAGUGGGAGCGCGUGGUGGAGCAAAAGUGCGAAGAGGUGGCCAGCAUUUGGCAGGAGUAUCUCAACCAGAAGGAGGCGGCCUUCCAAGCGGAGCUGGAGAAGCUUAGCCAGCAGCAGAAUCAGGAGCACCAGCAGAAGGAACCAUCCCCCGUUCAGCCGCAGGAAGGAGCCGCCAAUGCAGCUGGUGGCGAAAUGAUGCUCAAUAUGCAGAAGGCUCUGGAAACGCAGGAGAUGGAGAUUGUGACGCUCAAGGAGCAGCUGGCCAUCCGUUCGGCUGAGUACGCCCGUCUGGCCGCCCAAUACGAUCCCUUCCGGCUGCAGAAUCGUGGCUCCGGAUCCGCCAAUCCAUCUCAACCGUCGGCAGCCGGCGGGCCACCACCUUUGACCUCCAAUGAACCGCUGCCGGAGUACGUGCUCAAAGCGGACUUGGACUACGCCCUGAUGAUGCUCCACCAGCGGGACAUGCGCGUCGAGGAGAUGAUCGUGGAGCUGGUGCAGCUGCUCGAGGAGCGCGACCACCUGCAGCUGAAGCUAUCGGACACACUGCGCCAGUUGGAAACGGAGCGCAGUCGCGUCAGCGAUGAACCAACCACCUGCGCCACUGCAUCCUCGUCGGCCGCCUCGGGGAGCAGUCCCAGCAAGGCCAGCAGUGCCGGCAGCAGCAGCGAGCAUCUGGGCGCCGCCCACACGGGUGCCACUGGCAGUGACCUCAAGCAGAAGCUUGCCGAACUGCAGACGGUGAAGCAUUCCAAGGACAAGGCCAUCGUGGACGAGCGCGAGCAGCGCCUGCAGCAGAUGAUCCAGCUGCAGAAGGACAUGGCCAAGCAGCAGGGAGCGGGAUCGCAGGCACCAGGAUCUGGAUCUGGAUCUGGACCACCAGCGACGACAGCCAAUCCCGCAGCAAUUGCGGCACCUCCAAUCGGCGUGGAUCUCUCUCAGUCCGCAGCACUCCGUUCGCCAUCGAUGAUGCUCAUGGACUGGAUAAUGGGCAGCAACAGCAAGGACGAGGAGACGGGUACCCAGUUCUCCUCCGGCUAACCUCCUAAUGGACUCCUACAACUGGCCAAUUAACCGCGAACCGAACCAUUACCUUUCACUCCAAUUCUCUGGCCUUCCUUGCACGAUCGGACGAUGGCGUUAGCAUUAGUUCUUUAUACGAUAUUAUGUACCUUGGUCUUGGCUGAAAGGCUUCACCCGACCCGGAAUUCCCGAAUUGUUCCAAACGCGUACGUUUUAUGUUGUAGAUAUGUAAAAAAUGUAUAAAACAAAACGAAAUGAAACGAAGAACGAAGAAGAAGAAGCAGAAGAAAAAUUUAACUAAAGAAUUUAAGAUUUAAUUCAAUCCAA